AUGAAAAGCAACUUGCUUAACAUUAGGCAGUUGGUUCAAAAGAACUACAAGGUUUCGAUCAAAGACAAGAUGACAAGAGUUAUCGAUGCAAGUGAGAGUACUAUAAUCGUGAAUCAUGGAGGAAGUUCAGCAACAACACCGCCACCACCAAAAGCAUCAUGCUGGAGUAACAUAGUGAAGAAGGAGGCACCUCCACCUCAACAACCUUCGCCACUUUUAGAGACUCAACAAGUUUUGGAAGAUGCACGUAAUAGUCAUGGGAUAUCGGUUGCCAUUGUUGAUGCUAAUGCUGUUAUUGCAAGUGGAGAGAAGCUUCAUAGUAUUGCUGAUAAGUUUGUGUCUGUCCCGAAGAUUUUGGAGGAAAUCUGUGAUCUUGUUUCUCGGCAUAAACUUUCUUUUCUUCCGUUUACUAUACAAACCAUGGAACCAACCCCUGAAUCCAUUAACAAAGUUGUCAAAUUUGCUAGGGUUAUUGGUGAUCUACAGACUCUAUCAGAUGUUGAUAUUAAACUCAUGGCUCUGACUUAUACUUUGGAGGUUCAGAUUCAUGAAACAAAACAUCUCAGAGAAGAAAAUAGUCUGCAACAAAAAGAAAAUAGUCAGCAACAUCCAGUAGUAGCUUCAUUUGUGGCCAACAUUGUAGAAGAAACAAAAGAGAACAUAGGUGUUGAUGAAGAAAUGUAG